AUGCAAGUUGAAAGUAUCCUAAACUUUUUCAUAUUGACAACAAUUGGAGUAUUUGUCAUGGCAUUUGCGGUAUCGAUUGUUUGGUGUUUUCUGGGGAACGGUGUGUUGUGGCUAUAUGACAAUUAUAUUGUGCCGGCCUGUGCGUCGUGGAAAUCGAAACGACAAGUUUCGCCAGUUGGUGAUGGAAGAAUGCCAGUGCCAGCAAUUCAUCACCAGAAUCAUUAUUAUGAUGGUCUUGACGAGGAUAGUCAUAAAAUAGGACCAAUAAUACAGAAUACCGUGAUAACAGUCGAUGAUGUAGCAUAA